AUGCCUUUGCCGGGUGGGCGGUGCUAUCUGAACUAUGCGCGGGAACGCCAGUGGGAACCCGGAUAUCUUAAGGCGAAAUGUGCUGAGCUGCACUUAGAGAACGAGUUCCGAUUGUAUCGGAUUCGCCUGUGGAAUAGUUACCUAUUCUCUUUCUUCGUGCUGCAUAUUGCCGUGACUUUUCUACACGUUUGUCUGUUGUUGGCCAUUGUUCAGUAUCUAUACAUUAAAAAUAUUUUCUUUUUUUCUAAGAACUCUAAUCUUAUCUAUGUCGAUGUGACCAUCUCUAUAGGAUGUUCCCUUGUCAUUAUACUUGCACUGAGUGUUAACUUUUGUGAUGACUUUAUAGCGAGGCAUACCUGGUACAUGUACGCCAGCUCGAUUUUCGCCUCCCUUACAUUGGUAUUCUCUGACCUGACCGUAUGUCUCUAUCACACCUACGUCCACAAUUGGCAACUGGGCACGUUAUACGACACCUACACCAUAUACAUAAUAUACAUGUUCCUGCCGAUCCACUUCACAAGCGGUGCUGUCGUGCUGGCUCUUUUAGUGUCCGCUAUCUAUAUAACGUACUUCGUUAACGUCACGGCCCGAGGUAUAAACCACUUUUUUUCCGAGCUGUUUGCCGUCGGCGGUAUGUCCGUGGAUAUGGUGCAUAGUCUGUGCCUGAAUCUGGUGGGCUUAUUCUAUCGAGUGAUAAACGAUACAGUGGUUCGCUCAUCCUUCCUGGACCGUCACCAGUUCGUGAAGGAAGAGAUAUGGCUGCGCAACGCUCGAUUGCAGGAGAAGCAGUUGCUAGACACCAUCUUGCCGCCGCAGAUCUCCCGGCCCUUGCAGAAGGAUAUUAAAAACAGGAUAGUCAUGAUGAAGCAUGGCAAUGGCAUACGCAGCCUGAGCGCCUUGGAACGUACAAUGGCCAUCCAGCUACACCCUGACGUGUCCAUCCUAUACGCUGAUGUGGUCAACUACACCCACUUGACCACGACCCUGACGGUCGAAAAGUUGGUAAAGCUUCUGCAUGACCUCUACGGCAGAUUCGAUAUGGCAGCGUAUCAGUUCAAGGUACAGCGCAUCAAGUUCUUGGGUGACUGUUAUUAUUGUGUGGCAGGUCUGUCGGACCCCACUCCCGAUCAUGCGGACAAUUGUGUGUCCCUGGGUCUAUAUAUGAUUACCAUUAUAAUGGAAGUGCGUAAAGCUCAAGGCUUGGAUAUAAAUAUGCGGAUUGGUGUUCAUUCGGGGAAUCUUUUCGCAGGGGUUAUCGGUGAGACCAAACUGCAGUUUGAUAUUUGGGGAUUGGAUGUAACCAUUGCCAAUGUAUUGGAGUCUACUGGACUGCCGGGUUGUGUGCAUAUCAGUAGUGCAACCUUGAACUGUUUAACCGAACAGCGCUACGUUUUUGAAGAUGGCCCCGAGAAGGCAAGGGAUCAUCCACUUCUUGAUAAACACCGAAUACGUACAUAUAUAAUACGGGAAGACUUGCAGGAUGAAGAGAAUGAUAAUUCGGUAGUCGGUAGUCCGAACGAAGUCUCCGUCUUCAAUUUGGAGUCAAGACAAAGGUUAAGUGAUAAUACGAAUGAAACUUUGAAGGAAAUAUUUAAUGCAGAGUUGCAUGAAGAGUUUCGUAAAAUGCCGGUCAGUGAAUUUAGCCUUAAAUCAUUGUGGAAUAUUUAUCGACGUAAAGAUGGAGUGAAAGGACCUGCUCACCACCAGUUGAACAUUUGUCUAACCUUUUACGAUUCCGAACUGGAUAAAGUGUAUCUUAAGCGAACCGACUUUAUGUUCAAGUAUAGUAUCCUUCUGUCCUUGUGCAUUGGGCUGAGCCUGAUGUACAUUGAAACUAUGGAUAGCACAGAAAAAUGCGACAAUUGUAUUUUUAUGCCAUCUUCCCUCGCUAUAAUACAACUAAUUCUGACCUUCAUCGCCUGGUACAAGAAGAUUUGCUGGACAAGAUAUGGUCGAAAAAACCCGUCACAUACAUACAGUCGAUUCAGCUGCAUUAUAUUUCGAAUUUACGAAAAAAUCAUUGGCAGUCUACUAAUCCGCAUCUUCAUAUACCUCUACUUGGUCAUAUCGGGCUUCUCCCUGUUGUGUCUUAUCGUGAUGUCCUGCGACCGCGAUGAGUUCCAGUUGUUGUUUAUUGAGGAAAGGGUCUUCCACUACGAACAGUCAGAAAAAAUAUGCUUUCAUCCCUGGGUGGCGACCAACAUGGUUUCCCUUUUGAUUUGCACGACCUUCACAUUCGCCCAGAUUCCGUUCUUACUGAAAGUCACGAUGGCCGUUUUACAGACUUUGGGUUAUUUGUUGAUAGUUUUCUUCCAGUUUGAGUUCGUCUACCACCACAGCAUAACGACAAACCCCUAUUUUCCGACCGAGUAUGCACAUGCUCUGAUAAUAGUCGUUACCCUGCUGACUAUGUUACUAAAAGAGCGCCAAAUUGAGUUCGCCAACAAGGUGAACUUCAACUGGCGAGUUGAUCUCAGAAAAAAAGAGAGUGAUGCCAAAUUAACCAACCAUUCAAUCAUAAUUAUCCUCAACAACAUUCUUCCCAGCCAUAUUGUCGAUGUCUAUAUACAUUCACAAGCCAAGCAUGAACUAUACUAUGAAAAUUAUCAAAUGGUCUCCGUCAUGUUCGCCAUGUUAAUGAAUUUCGAAAUGGAUCUACGAAGCCUGCGCAUACUGAAUGAGAUUAUCACCGAAUUUGAUUUGUUGUUGCUGUUUUACAAGGAAUAUUAUUCAGUUACGAAAAUCAAAGUCGUCGGCUGUACUUAUAUGGCAGCGUGUGGAUUGGACCUUAGUUUUGCCGGUUCCACCAGUAAGUCGCUAAACCGAGACUCCAUUGACAGCGAUGAAGAUGGUAAUCUGGCAUUUUUACAACCGCAGAGUAAGAGGGACCUUGAGGAAGUGGUCUUUGUGAUGACUUCUUAUGCCCUGGACAUGAUGCGUACGCUGGCCAAGUGCACGAAGGCAUACGAAAAUAUUCCAGGUGACAAGAAUGCUGUAGAUGGAACAAUGGCCAUUGGCAUUUCCAGUGGAGAGGUGAUGGCAGGCAUAGUCGGCGCCUCGCAGCCACACUAUGACAUCUGGGGCAAUCCGGUCAACAUGGCCUCGCGUAUGGAAUCAACUGGUCUGCCUGGACAGAUUCAGGUGACGGAGGAGUCAGCCAGAAUUCUUCAGGAAUUCGGUAUUGCCUGCAAAUAUCGUGGCUUGACUUUCGUAAAGGGGCGUGGCGAAAUUCCAACCUAUUUGGUGGGAAUCGAUGACAAACUUAACUUUAUCUAUAAGGAGCAACAUCGAGUUCCCAGUCAUGUGGAGCGCAGUACGGUUAUAUCUUUGCAGGCCACCUAUAAUCGUUCAGAGAUGGACCGCGAAAGCGUUGAGACCAUUAUUUCAAGGCAUUCCAUACAUGAAACUAAGUGGAAGUAAACUAUUCUACUUCCAAGCUAAUCUACUAAACUAAAAUACAAUUUUAACAAACUGAGUACCAAUAAAGAGAACGUCAGCUUUUUAAA